AAAGACCGUCUGGGAGCAAACUAGAACUUCGACUGUUAAGACGCAGAAUUUCCCAAUCGGGCGCCAUUUUGCACCAACGAAUUGCAAAAUGCCGAGACCUCGUCUGGAGCCGAUCGUCGCUGGUUAUCUUCUUUUUGCAUUCUUCACCAUCACUUCAGCUCAGGAUUCUCAUCUCGGAUCUGCUCGUGUUGUAUUCCAGACGAAUUAUGGCGAUAUCGAAUUUGGUUUCUUCCCCAAUGUAGCACCCAAAACCGUUGACCACAUUUUCAAGCUUGUUCGUCUUGGAGGCUAUAACACCAAUCACAUUUUUCGGGUUGAUAAAGGAUUUGUGGCGCAAGUGGCAGAUGUAAUGGGGGGGAGAUCAGCUCCCAUGAACGAGGAGCAAAGGGCGGAAGCUAAGAAGACUGUUGUUGGUGAAUUUAGUUCUGUCAAACACGUUAGAGGGAUUCUUUCUAUGGGGAGAUAUGAUGAUCCAGACAGUGCUCAAUCCUCUUUUUCAAUGCUACUUGGAGAUGCUCCUCACCUUGAUGGCAAAUACGCAAUCUUUGGAAAAGUUACCAAAGGCGACGAUACAUUGAAGAAACUUGAAGAACUUCCUACUCGUCGUGAGGGUAUAUUUGUAAUGCCGACUGAGCGCAUAACAAUACUGUCAUCAUACUAUUACGAUGUCAAUUCUGAGCAUUGUGAAGAGGAGAGAUCAACUCUGAAGCGAAGGCUAGCUGCAUCUUUUAUUGAGAUUGAAAAACAGAGAAUGAAAUGCUUCCCCUAAAACGAGCAGGACAACGAAAACUCUGAUAGGAAAAACUGGAACACGAAUGCAAAUAGAAAUGGUUUGUCCAAAUCCUUAUCUUUGUUGUACCGUCUUAGUUGACACAUUUCUCACAAGGAUGUAGAAACACUAAACGGACAAAUGCACGUAUGAACACUGAAUAAACAUGUUUAAAACUGCAUAUAGUUCAAUAGCUAAGACAUGGAUUAAUACCCCAUUUCGUGUUUAAGUUGCAUUUUUCUGCAUUUUAAGCUGUGGAAUACGAUAAAUACAGGAAAUUUGCAUCUGUAAGCCAAAUUUUGAAAACAAGUGUAUUAAUUUUUCAUGUUUCCA